UUCGAUUUCCUCAAGAUCAUGCGGUCCAACUCCGUUCCUGACUUACCUCCACAAGCUGAAGCGCAGCAACCCUACUACGUUCUCUCCAAAGACAUAUCCCUUAAUCCCUCUAACAAGACAUGGAUUCGGAUAUUUCGACCCCAGAUUUUGACACCAAUGGCCCCGCUCCCCAUCAUUAUCUAUUUCCACGGUGGCGGUUUCGUCAUUGCCAGCGCUGCAUCUGCUCUCUUCCACGUCGCAUGCGAGCACAUAGCCAGUCUUGUACCUGCCAUCGUCCUUUCGGUCGAGUACCGACUAGCUCCCGAGCACCCUCUCCCCGCCGCGUACGAUGAUGCGAUCGAGGCCGUCUGUUGGGUAAGAGACCAGGCCAUCUCCGAUCUCCACCGCGACACGUGGAUGGCCCCCGAUCUCGCUGAUUUCUCGCGUUGUUUUCUCACGGGCUCAAGCGCCGGCAGCAACAUCGUCUACCACGUGGCCCUGCGGGCGUUGGAUCUGGACCCUCCGUUCAAGAUUGCUGGAGCGAUCGUGAACCAGCCCUUCUUCGGUGGGGUUCAGAGGACGGAAUCGGAGCUGAGGAUGGCCCAGGAUCGGAUCCUGCCCCUCCAUUCCAACGACCUGAUGUGGCGCCUGUCCUUGCCGGCUGGGGCCGACAGGGACCACGAGUUCUGCAACCCGAUGACGCCCGGGUCCUACCACGAUCGGGUCGGGUCUCUGCCGCCGUGCUUGGUGAAGGGGUACGGCGGGGACCCGCUCGUGGACCGCCAGCGCGCGUUCGUCAAGAUGCUGGAAGAUCGUGGGGUCCGUGCGGUGGGCCAGUUCGAGGAGGAAGGGAGCCACGGCGUUGAGUUUUUUGAUCCAAAGAAGGCCCAGGACCUCUUUACGGACAUCAGGGAUUUCAUCUCGUCAGUCAGCAGUGGGCUGUGAGUGUCCCUGCUUGAGGUUUGGUUGCCUAAGCGCACCCCUCCGCACGUGCCAACCUGGCGCGCUUGUGAGGCAUCUGAACCGUUCAUGACAUGCGCCGGAUGUUGCAGAGGACGGUAGGCCUACUGCCACACUCCUGGAUCAUAACAACAGGAUAGUUCUACAAAGAUAAAGGGGAGCGGAUUAGGUGUUUCCCUUUCUGUGGGGCCCACCUUGAUGAUGUGUUGUAUAUCCACGCCGUCCAUCAGUUUCUGUAGCUCAUUUUAGACAUGGUCCUAAAACAUUACGAGCCGAUCCAAAUCUUAGGUGGACCACACCAGAGGAAAGAGUGGUGAUUGAGUGCCUCACCAUUAAAAAUUCCAGAAGGCCCAUCGUAGAGGUUUUCUUAAUGUUUAUUUUCCAUCCAACCUUUUGAUAAUGUCAAGCAGAUAUGGAUGAAAGGAAAAUACAAACAUCAGCUUGAUCCAAAACUUUUGUGACCCACACAAAGUUUUUAAUAGUCAUUCAUCGCUGUUACUAGUGGUGUGGACCACCUGAUAUUUUUACCUACUUAACGUUUGGAAUUGCGUCUGAAAAUGAGAUUUAAAAACAAAUGAACGGUGUGGAUAUACCACAAAUACAUCAAGGUAGGCCCACAUGGUAAGGAUAAUCUGCUCCCUAAGAUAAGAUGGCUAGCAGUCCACAUUCAGCAAUAAUGUUGUGUUCCCAAUCAUGUUGUAUUUGGAAUGACUUGGAAUUCAAAUCGCAAUUGCACGUGAAUUGAAAUCCUUGUAUGAAUUUAGUAUGUUGUAAUUCGAAUUGCAAUUGAAUUAAAAUUUUAUGUUGAUGAUUGUAUUGCA